UUCUAGUGUAAAUCUCUCACUCUUACUCUCCGCUUGUGUGCACUUGAUUAACUAUUUAUGAGGGUGCAAAUUAUGAUUACUUUGCAGGUAUAUGUAGAUCUCUUAGCAAUAGCUGUUGUUUUCCUAGGAGGAGCCUUGGCUUGCUAUGGGCUUCUACUGUUCAAGAAAAUGAGAAAAGUGAGAUCGGACCGGGGCACGUGUGAAAAGUGUAAGUUUGUAGGCUUGGCCGUGGUAUCAAUUGUAUCUUUUACAUCAAGUGCUUAUGUUGCCAUAGCUACAAAUAUACCUCUGAUUUAUCACUGGCGUCAACAAGACAUAGAUGGUGUUCAUACGCCGCUUCUGUUGGUUCUGUAUUAUCUUAUAGGUUCAUCAUUGCCCUCGGCCUUUGUACUAUGCGGGAUGAGAGAAUUACCAGCCUUUGUUGAAACUGAUAGACAAGAACAAUGGUUAACAAUAGCUUUCAUCGAUGAUGAUGAUUCAGUGGCAGCAGAUCCGCAGCCCUCGACUGCUGAUGGUAGCAUGCAGAUUCAGGAAUCAACAGCAAGCCCUACAUGAAAUGCAAACUGUGAAUAUAGGCUAUAAGAAGCUGGGAAUGCAUUGGCACUUGGGAGUGCAUAAAAUAUAAAUAUUGACAGCUUAGUCUCCUACACAUAGUAAACAAAUAAAAGGAAAGGAAAGUAAAGUAAAGAAAAGAAAAAGAAUAUUAUGGUAAAACUUUCUUGUUAAUGGAUGCUUAAUAUAUAUGUUUAUAAUGAGACCUAUUAGUAUUUAA